CCAGGACUUUCCCGGCAUCCCCCGCUUCGUCCCGGGGUCAACAUGGCGGGCCGGCACACAGUCGCAACCUCGGGCCGGUGGCUGGAAGGUCUUCGGAAAUGGUACUACAACGCUGCAGGGUUUAACAAACUGGGGCUGAUGCGUGAUGACACGAUCUACGAGGACGAGGACGUAAAAGAAGCCAUAAGGAGGCUUCCUGAGAACCUUUACAACGACAGGAUGUUCCGCAUCAAGAGAGCCCUGGACCUGACCAUCCGGGCACAGAUCCUGCCCAAGGAACAGUGGACGAAAUACGAGGAGGAUAAAUUCUACCUUGAGCCAUAUCUGAAAGAGGUUAUUCGGGAAAGAAAAGAGAGAGAGGAAUGGGCAAAGAAAUAAUCUUGGAAUCUGGAUGCAGCUGGCCUCAGCGAAUUUUGGAGAAGUUGGUCCAAGCUGAAAUGUACAAUUUUUGAGAUUAUUUAAGCUGCAGAUGUAUGUCUCUAAAUAAAUAUCUAUCAUAAUCA